AUGUUGGUUGAAGAGACGACCCAAUAUGCCGGCUCAGAGCUACUGAAAGCAGACACCGAACUCGAUAACAUGAACCUCCGCUGUCUCUCAUUCCCCUGUGUGGUGCAUGUGGCGGUCUUGUGUCCGGAAGAAGAUGUGCUUUAUCUCAAACAGUUGAUCACCUCUGUGAAAAUGCAGAGGAGGGAACUCGUAUUUCGAUUAGAGCUGGCCAGUUUGCUGCUGGGAGAUCUGACGCAAAACUCGGUGAAGCAGCAGGCGAUCCGCCUCCUACAUGGAUUGGCAGCUUUACGGCACCAAGACGUGCGGUAUCCCCUUCCUUCUUCCUCUCUGGACACAAAGCCUGUAACUGACUUGCGUAAACUACGAGGCACUCUCGCUUGCGGCCAUGUCCGAAGAGGAGCGUCCCGCAAUAUGUACCAGCACUGCGCAGGUUACUGGAUUCCUUGUGCGGGAUGGAUACACAUGGAAAGGGCACUUCUUGCCUGCUCCGCACUACAUAGCCCGAUUCAAUUACACGCAGUGCCAGAACUGGUCUCCCACCCAGUUCUAGAAAGUCCUACACACACAGACUGGGCCGAAUUUGCGGGCUCCCAAAUCCUGUACAUCCACAGAAGUUCAUCCCGCGACGCUCAUGAAAUGGCAGACCAAGUCUUUGUCGCAUGGCAAGAGAAACAUCGAGAUCGGCAUCGGCACUACGCAAAGGCCCUGUUCUUCACCUUCGACUCGACUGAUCCUUCCCGUAACUCCGCCACUGACAUGCUCGCCUACAUCUUAGUUCAGGCCGGAGCUGGCCACGCCACUGGGUCUCUCGGCCAAGAAAAUAUCAUCCUUCAGGGCGAUUUUCACUUCAAUGGUGGAUGGACGGAGAAAUCUUGUCUCAACAUGUUUGAUACAGUCAGGCUAGCACCGAUGGACAAGACUACGCGCCAAGUAUGCCUCGAACUGCUGCAAGAGCAUUCUGGAUGGCCCAAGAACCCCUCGCUGAAGUCUCUCGGUAAAUUUAAUAGUCUCCUGGGUCGUACAAAUGCUGGCGACACCCCUGAAACUGUACCGGAUAAAGUACUGAGAUCCGACCAUGACAUGGAGGGGCUCCGUUGUGUGCUGAACUGGCUGCUCUGUGGUUACCGCCCGUUGAGCCGGCUGGAACUUACCAUCAACUUGAUUCACCAUCGCUGCCAGGUAAAUGACACAAAAAGUGCUCAAUCACCGAGUUUAUCAUGUCCUGCUGCUAUGGAGAGGAUCUGGUGCGAGUUGGAAUCGUGGAUUGGCGUGCUUGCUGCGUGUAGCAACGACCGAGUGACCACCCGGAGCGGCGUAUGCGAUCUUCUUAAAGAAGAUACGGAAACUAAUAAGUAUAUCUGGAAUGAGAUAAGACGGGCUGCACACCAAAGCCUAGCCUUGUUUCUCGUCGUUGCCCCAAUUCUGCCUGGUGACAAUGGCAUAGCGUCCUAUGCGGCACAGUCGUCGCCCUACCACCUAUCCAAAUGUCCUAUAAACGAUGCCACCAAUGCUCUGUUGUCCCGUCUCAGGGAUACCGCUGCCCCGUCCUUUGUGCAGUGGGCAAAGGUCUACUGGGCAAUGAGCAAUCCUUUCUCUCGGACCCUAAGGUCACCGCCCGAAUCUCCCUCGCCCAUCCUCGCGGGCCUUGGAAUGCUCUCAUACGAGGACGUGAAAAAGGGCACUGAGAACUCGCAAAGACAGUGUUUGAUUGCCGCUGCGGGUUCCAGACGGCGCGAGAUGAGGACGAGGAACGACGCAAGCACCGAACCUCGUGCCCCCAAGUGUUUCCCGUCUCCCCUCUACAUGUCCGCAAGAUUCGGCCAUGCAUCCACCGCCGGGGUCCUGUUAAGACGCGGCGCCCGGACAGACGUGCUAAAGAGCAAUAGGUUCACAAGCUUGGAGGCAGCAGCUAGCCACGGUCAUGUUGACAUCAUUCAAGAGUAUGUCAAUAACAACUCCUCGCAUCUCCAGUCGGGACGGGCAAGCAACUUGCUCUUUGCCGCGGCUACUGAGGGGGCAUGCACCCAGAACCAUCCAAAGACGACGAGAAUCCUCCUAAAAUACGACGCAGGCCCUCAUACCCUCGGCGGGCACGAUGCGAGAACGCCCCUAUGGUAUGCCGUCAUGUGCGGGCCGCACUUGCAGACCCAUCAACCAUCUGGUCCGCCAUGGCGGCGAUCCGAACCGCAAGCAGGUCUGGUGCAUCCGCAUCUCCUGCUCGGGCUGGCGAGUUCGAACCUGGACCCCGACAGCGUCAUCAGAGUCUGCGACGCCCUGCGGAGCGGGGACCGACCCAUGCAGCUGAACAUGUGCGGUCCUGGCGGCGCCACGGCCCUCAUGAUAGCGGCAGAAGAGAAAUCUACCCGUUUGCGGUGGCUACUCAAGAAUGGCGCAGACUUCAAUGCCCUAGACUCUGCCGGGCGAGGCGCCCUGCACCUUGCCGCCAAGGCUGGCCAUGCUGCGCUGGUCCAAGAGCUCUUGGAGUGGAAGCCAAAGCUGGACGGUAUCGACACGCAGUCCGGAAUGACACUUCUGCAGACAACACUCCACGAGCCACGAGUAGUCAAGCUCCUCCUUGAUGCGGGUGCAAACCCGGAGAGCACCAACAGGUCCGGGGACUCUCUCAUUAAUAACGCCGUGCUAGGCUCUCACCGGGACGUGGUUGGCAUGCUGCUUGACAGGAAGGCAAACACAACAUGCAGUGUGCACCAUCCGGACGGCUCGGGCCGGACCCCCCACCUGGGCAGCCGUCGGCCACGUCCGGGAUGCCUGCCUUGUCCGGCUCCUUGCCGACAGCCGGCGGUUGUUGACCCCAUCUCCGGCCGCAUGCCGCUUCACCUCGCCGCUGCGAGCGGUGUCCCAAAACUUCCAGGCAGUCCUCCUGGCUUGCCGGGGCGACAUGAUGGCCGCCGACAACGGGGGAAAACCUGCCUCCACUGGGCGGCACAGUUCAGCAACGCCAAGACGGUAGAUUUCAUCCUGUCAAGGCUAGGCCUCAAGGGGGCGAGGAUGGCGCAGCACCUAUAUCAGGCCAACAGGGGACGGAUGGACGCCUCGGUGCUGGGCGGUACGUCCGUGCAAAGGGGGACUUGGCCGAGGACAGGAGAUCGGAAAAGAGGGACGAUGCUAGCGUCGUCCGGAUCCUCCUACGCCACGGGGCGAACCGGACGGUCACUGGUAACUUUCAGGCUUGGGGAAGCCUCCGAGAUGACGCCCCUGACUCUGGCGCUGCGGUGUGGCGCUGAGAAGAAGAUCAUCCACAUGCUAAAGUACGAUGUUAAAAGAGAACCCAUGUCUGCCUCUGCAUCUGCAAAGGGUCAUGAUGUGCUGGUCAGGCGAUACAACAUAUGGUCUAUGACCUGUGGCAUCUGUUUAGGUCCAAUCUUCGGGCGCGUCUAUACGUGCACCACCUGUCCCGACUACAAUGUCUGCACCAAAUGUUUCGCUACUGUGGCCACCUUGAACAGCGCCAAAAUCAAGGACAAUGGCCAGCCGCAUAAUUGA